ACCCCAACCUUAACUAACAUUAAAUGCUUAUUUAUUCUUUUUUGCACCUUUUAAAACAACUUCUUCCUUACUUUAUAGUUUAAAAUGACCCAUACGAUAGAAAGUUCUCGCACCAAACCUUUAUUAAAAACUAAUUUACUAUCAUUUUCAGUGGUGAAAUGAGUGUCGUGUGCGGAAUGAUGAAGGAUGAUGGAUAAUGAUAGACGUCUUUCGCCGGUAACUGUUUUCUUCUGUCCUUCCAGCUGCCAUCUGGGGUGCCCCCCCUUCCCCCCCCGAUACGCUGCGGUUCGAGGUUUCAAGCUCGGUGCUUUUUGUUUCCCCAGGGCGAUCAUGAAUGACAUUGGUGACUAUGUAGGUACAGACGUUGAGAUCUCCUGGUUGCCUAACCUGGAUGGUUUAAUGGAGGGCUAUGCGCGCAAUUUCCGUCCUGGGAUAGGAGGCCCUCCAGUGAACGUAGCGAUGGCUAUUGAGGUAGCCAGCAUCGACCACAUCUCUGAAGCCAACAUGGAGUACACCAUGACUGUGUUCCUGCGCCAGAGCUGGAGGGACAGCCGCCUGUCCUUCAACCACACCAACCGGACGCUUGGCCUGGACAGCCGCUUCGUGGACAAACUGUGGCUGCCGGACACCUUUAUCGUCAACGCCAAGUCGGCCUGGUUCCACGACGUCACCGUGGAGAACAAGCUCAUCCGCCUCCAGCCAAACGGAGUGAUCCUCUACAGCAGCAGAAUUACCUCAACGGUGGCGUGCGACAUGGACCUGACCAAAUACCCCAUGGAUGAGCAGGAGUGCAUGCUGGACCUGGAGAGCUAUGGCUACUCUUCCGAAGACAUUGUGUACCACUGGUCCGAGAGUCAGGCGCACAUCCACGGCCUGGACAAACUGGAGCUCUCCCAGUUCACCAUCACGGACUACAGAUUCGUCACGGAGAUGAUGAACUUCAAAUCCGCCGGUCGCUUUCCGCGACUCAGUCUCCGCUUCCAGCUGAGGCGCAACCGCGGCGUCUACAUCAUCCAGUCCUACAUGCCGUCCAUCCUCCUCGUGGCCAUGUCUUGGGUCUCGUUUUGGAUCAGCCAGUCAGCCGUUCCCGCCAGGGUGUCGCUAGGCAUCACCACGGUGCUCACCAUGACCACGCUGAUGGUGAGCGCCCGCUCCUCCCUCCCCCGGGCCUCGGCCAUCAAGGCCCUGGACGUAUACUUCUGGAUCUGCUACGUGUUUGUGUUUGCGGCCCUGGUUGAGUAUGCCUUUGCCCACUACAACGCCGACUACAACCGCAAGCAGCGGGCCAAGAUCAAGGCCAGCAAGAUGAGUGCGGAGUCUGUCGUGAAGAAUGGGAAACAGGCCAUGGUGCUUUUCUCGCUCUCCGUGACUGGGAUGAACCAGGGUCUUAUGGUCUCCAACCGGCAGAAUCGAGCCCAGAGAUCCGCUGAUGCUGCUGGAGACUCAGCAGAGGUGGAGCCCCGGAGGACUCGGGGCAGGAAGCUGGAGGCAACUGAAGAGAAGAAGGGCUGCCUAAAGUCCAUGUUCAAGCCCAUUGAUGCCGACACCAUUGACAUCUACGCUAGGGCCGUGUUUCCAGCAGCCUUCGCGGCUGUGAAUGUCAUCUAUUGGGUGGCGUACACCAUGUGAAUGAGGAUUGCGAGGAACCAGGAAGCCGCACUUGUAUGAACAUCAGAAUACUGAACGAAAUGGCAGCGGUUCAGUUCUUUCCGUUUAUCCUAAUGAUCUGCAACAAGCUUCAUUUGAAGAGAUACUAAAUGGACCCUGAGUGGAACCUUGAGGAACCCCAUAAUGGAAAUGAACGUGAGUGCCCUGAGAAGACCGAGUAUUCCGCAUUAUAGCAUUAUGAGGACACUUUGUAGCAAUUUUAAAAAUUACAAAUGAUACCCUUAAAGUAGAAUGUAGGUAUUUUAAUUGGCCAUUACUAACUCUGUGACUUUAUGGCACCGCUGAAAGAAACUCUGUAAAAUAAAAAACGUUGUAAACAGCGGUUCAGAAAAUGUGUGUGUGUGUGUGUAAACACGGGCAGUAAGACAUAAUCACAACACAAUAAAUGUGAGAAAGUUCCAGUGGCUCUUAGGUCUUUAUAAAAUAUAUAAAAUGCAAAAUGUGGAAUGGGCCCUGAAGUGGCACAUUUUGUCAUAGCACUCUGCUGGACAGCUUCUCCUCCCGGUGACCUCUACAACCCCCCAAUUUUCCCUUCCCCCACCCAUUCCCGAGGGGGGACUAAUGAAUUGAUGCCCCACAAUUCUUGGGUUUGCUGAGUCUUGAGAUUUCAGAUGUGAAACAGUAGCUGUCGAAAUAAUUUCAAUGUCAACCUUACUUACAAAAUGACAGUUGAAUAAAACAACAUAGACUAGUGUGCAUGGCUCCCCUAAACCUUGGGCCCCCUCAUACCCUGACCCCUUCACCAUCCACAACUCCCCAUUGUUUUUCUUUUAACUCUUUCCACUGAUUUUUUUUUCCUGCCUUUGAUUUUAUACAUUGGGACAUCUUAUCACUUCCUGCCAGUUGCGCUGUGUC